GGGGUGGUGAAACCAGUCAGUCCCCAUCCUGCUCCAGUGCCCCACAUGUUGCAGGUUGGGUUAUAAAGCCUCUCCCACCCCAGCGCUCAGCACUUCUGCAGCCUCCUGCACAGCUUUCCCUGGCGAACACUGGUAGAAUUAACAUCACCUCCAAGAUGUCUCAUUAUCAGCACAAACAGCCCGUGAGCCUUCCCCCUGCCUUUAACCAGGAGCAGUGUAAGCAGCCCCUGCCCCAGAUCCCUGUCCCUGUCCCACAGGAACAAGUGAAGCAGUCCACACCAGUACCUGCGCCAUGCCCAGUGCCUGAGCAAGUCCCAGGCGUGCAAGAAGAGCCUGUGAAGAGAGUUCCUGUUCUUAUUCUACAGCCACAGCAGAAAGGAGAUCAGCAACUGGAACAGCACAGGGAACAUAGAGAAGAGCAGCAGCUGGAAGAGCAGCUGGAGCAACAGCUAGAACAUAAGCAAGUGGAGCAGCUGGAAGAGCAGCUGGAGCAACAGCUGGAAAAUAAGCAAGAGCAGCUAGAACAUAAGCAAGUGGAGCAGCUGGAAGAGCUGGAAGAGCAGCUGGAACAUAAACAAGAACAGCAGCUGGAAGAGCAGCUGGAAAAGCAGCUGGAACAUAAACAAGAGCAGCAGCUGGAAAAGCAGCUGGAGCAGCAGCUGGAGCAGAAGGAAGAGCAGCAGCUGCAGCCACGGCAGGAGCCUCAGGGGUGCAUUGACGUUCUCAACCCCAUCAAAGAGCCUGAGCAGGUCCCACAGGCUCCAGAAAAGUGCUUCCCUCCCGUGGAGCAGCAGCAGCAGAAGCAGCAGGUGCACUGGCCCUUCAAACAAUAACUUUCCCCAGCUCCCCCCACCCCAGGACCUCUUCUCCCUCCAAAAUGAGGAGUUAGAGAGAGAAAGAGACACGGCCCAGGCUUACCUCAUGCUUUCCCCAGCCUAGGUGGUCCGCCUCAUCCUCAGAAUGUCCCUGACUCCCUUCCUCUCUUUGUACAUUUCGUGCAUCUCUAGGACAGGAGGCAGGCACUGAAAGAGGGGAGACCAUUCUCUCCCUUGUCCUGUCUUCCCCCGCCCCCAUCCCAACCUCAUCUGCACCUUGGGAAUUGAGCCUCUACUCAGUGGAUUGUGUAACCUUUGUGGUGUCAUAAAUAUCAUCCUUAAGUUUUGUGUCCUGCUAAAGUGUCUAUGUGUGACUCUCUUGAUGUGAGUGGGCAUUUGUGCUCCUACCAAUAAAUCUUGGAAUCCCUAAAA